AAGGCAAAAAUAGGAGAAAGGCAAAAGGUAAUAAAAAAUAAAAUUAAUUUCUACAUCACCACUCAUCGUCACCGUCAGUCUUAUCGGUCAACUUGCACAGUUCACUACAAAUGCCGAUGGAAGGUAAAUUUCAAGAUUUCAGCCCAACGGUGUGCUACAACAAACCCGCAACGGCCAUCGUUUCGCGGGAAUGGUGCGAAGCAAGACGGACGGCCGCCCUAGCCGGCACACUCCAUCAGGAUUUCAUAAUCCCUAAAAAAUCCGGCAAAGCGUGGAAGUUGCGAAAUGGUGAUCUCUGUCGAAUUACCCUCUGCGAGGGUCCUCAGGUGGGUGAUUUAAACUUGUGGAAUCUGCAAAACCCUCGGGAGCACUUUUACUCCGGAAAAACGCGCCAACUGCACGCGUCCCAUCUGAAACCAUGCGAUCGGCUGUGGAGCUGUUUGCCCUAUUUACGUCCGAUGGCGACUUUCGUGCGGGAUUCGUGUGCUGAUUACGGCAUCGAUAAGGACGGUGGGGCACUGCACGAUGUCAUCGGGACACGCUGCGACGACUAUACGUACAAGCUGAUUACGGGCAAAGAGCGUUUCGGCAGCUGUCAUAGCUACCUGCGGGAAGCUAUCAAGGAAUACGGACUGGAUGAAUCUUAUGUUCACGACGUUUGGAACAUAUUUAUGUGCACGGGAUUUACAAGAGACACUCAGCAGUACUUCUGCAAACCAACGCCCGCCCGCAAAGGGGACUACAUUGAAUUUAUAGCGGAUAUGGAUCUGUUGGUGGCACUCAGUGUUUGUCCACAAGGAGACGUUUCCAUAGUUGUCGGUGAGACAGUACCGGAAGAUAAAUGUUUUCCCAUGAAGGUGGAGAUUUUCUGUCCAUGAACAUAUAAAAUGUAAUAUAUAU